CGCCAUUCAAAUGACAGCGAGUGCUUCCCCGCAAAAGGGGCGUGGCCUUCCGUAGAGGUAAAGUACCCGGAUGCGUUGCUUUCAGCUACUUUCCAGCGCGUGCGGGAAAGAGCUAGCUUAAUUGUGUGGCCAGCAGUUGACUUAUAUUGUUUGUAUCUAACUUAACCUUGGUGUAGCAUUAAUGAAACUUAAGCGGUGACACGAUAUUAUUACUUUUCCGGCAGCAGUUUGCUUUUCUCCAAGUAAAAUGAUAAAGUUAAACUGUGUUCAUCUUGACAGGUUUAUGGAGAACUUCACUCUGCUAGAACAGAAAAUUUCAGAGGUUAAUGGCAAAAAUAACAUGUUGGAGAUCAUGCUGGAGGAUGCCAGUAGACAAAUGAAAUUCUAUCUGACCAGGGAGAACAGUCUGAUUGAGGAGAGAGACAGUCUCCUUGUCACAGUGAACAGGCUGCAGCAGACUCUGCAGGAGCAGUGCAACCUCAGAAUGGAGAAUGAGAGACUGAAGAGUGAAAUGACUCACCUGAAACAACACAAUGAGAGAGCAGCUGAGGAGGGGAAAACUGAGCUUCAGCGGCUCAUCAGUGAACUGAGAGCAGAAGGAGAGAGGCACCAGAGGGAGCUAGAGACUGUGAGGCAGCAUAGCAGGAGAGAGGUGGAGGACGCCCACAGAGAGGGUCUCCAUCAGUUGGAAGCUAAAGAUGCUGAAGUAAAAACUAUUUUGGAGAAAAAGGAUCUGGAUCUGGAGGAGGUGAAAAAGAGGCUGAAGGAGCAGGAGAGGGAGAGGCAGAGUGAGCUCCUCAAGUUACAGAUGGAGUUUGGUGCUAAGUUAGCCAGAGUUCAGAGUACAGCUCAGUGGAGCCAGCAGCAGCAGCAGCAGCAAGACGGCUCCAACCUUCUUCCUCAGAGUGUCUACAAGAGGAAGCUGCAGUUCUUUCAGGAGGAGAAAAACAAAGAGAUUGCGGCCCUGCGUCAGAGAAUCAAAGAGUUGGAAGAGAACCAGCGUGUGAGCGUCUUCAGCGACAGCCGCCUGAAGAAGAGGAAAAUCUAGGUUGUUUAGAAGCUACACAGGUGCAUGAAUCUACUUUGGGGGGGACUAAUGAUAAUUCCAGAUUGUAUUUCAGUUUCAUUUACAAGCGAAACCAGUUUCUGUUGAGAUGUUGCCGUAUUAUACACACUGCUUGUUGUGAUCUUUAAUGCUAUACUCUGCAGGUGACAAGUCCUAACAGCCUAUUGACCACAGGCCGUGUUCUUGUCUAAGGCUUUAAUCCAAUCAGACACCUACAUGGGGGGGCAGGAGGUGGGGCGUUGAAGAAGUCAGUGAAUUAGAUAGCUGGAAGGCCAAUCCCAUUCCAGGAAUUAAAUCUGUGUAUCUGCUUUUAUAUCAGACUCAUCAAUCUAACGUAUCUAGACGUUUUUAAGCAGAGCUCUUGAACUGUAGUUCCCACUGUUGAAUUUCUGAAAGUUAAGUAGAAGUUUUACAUCUACCUGAUUACAUUUUAAAAGCCUGUUUCUUUAUUUGGCUAUAUCAACUAACUUUAAGUUAUUUAUUUAUGACAUGAGAGGGGAGUUUUCACUGAGAGAAUUCAUAUAAAUGAGAUCAUUCCAGGUUGAAGGACUCCUGGGUAAAAACAUGAAUACCAAAUCACCAUACCUGUGGGUGAUUAUGUAGUACAUCUAUUAGUGUACACACACUGCAACCAUAUUGACACCGAAUGGAAAAAUGAGUUGCGUAAUAUGUACCAUUUCUGCAUUAAAAUGUCAAAAAACAGCUA